CUUCCUUCAGUUCUGCAUCGUCGUCAUCAUCUUCUUCUUCUUCUUCUUGUUUCAGUUCAGUUGAAAGAUGUUGGCAUCAUUCGCUCCUCACCCCAAAUGCCUCGCCUCCUCCUCGAUUGUCGGUCCAGACGCGAGAAGACGAGUCCCAAGCACUCGAGCUUCGCUGAAUCGCGAACGAGACGCUUCUAAACAUCGGUCGCAAUCGGCUUCACCUUCCUCGUUGUCAUCGUCCUCGUCCUCGUCUCCUCCCUCUUCCGGACAGCGCAGGCGGAGGCGGCCUCAGAACGUGGACGGCGAUUUCUUCGUAGAUGGUUCGUGCAUAGAUUGCGAUACUUGCUGUUGGAUGGCUCCGCAAAUUUUUACAAGGGUUGAUGAGAUGUCUGCAGUUUUCAAACAGCCGGCCAACAAGGAGGAACGGCUAAAGGCUCUACAGGCCUUGAUUUCAUGUCCAACAAGUUCAAUUCACACAGACAAGCCAGCUCCUGAUGUUUUAAUGGCCCAUGAUACUUUUCCAAUCCCUAUUGAUGAGCAAAAACUGCUGGGAGUGUAUCACUGCGGGUAUCAUUCAGAGAAAUCUUAUGGAGCUUCUUCAUACUUGAUUCUCCGUGCUGAAGGAAACAUUCUUAUAGAUAGUCCCAGGUAUACCGGGAGACUUGCACGUAAGAUUGAGAUGCUUGGUGGCGUGCACACAAUGUUUCUAACCCACAAGGAUGACAUCGCAGAUCACAAAAAGUGGAGGGAGCGGUUAGGUUGUUACAGGAUUUUGCACUCUGAUGAUCUUGAAGUUUCAACUGCUGAGGUAGAGAUAAAAUUGGAAGGAAGGGGGCCUUGGAAUCUCGGCCGGGACAUAGAGCUUAUUCACACUCCAGGACACACGGAAGGAUCAGUUUGCUUGCUGUACAAACCGCUGGAAGUAAUAUUCACGGGAGAUCAUUUAAUAAUGACACCAACGGGAUUAAGCAUAAUUGAACAGUACAACAGAUGUUCAGUUGCUGCACAAUUAAAUAGCGUCAAGAAGUUAGUUGACUUGGACUUCAGGUGGAUAGUACCAGGUCAUGGUAGGAGGAUUGAAUUCAAAAGCUCACUUGAGAAAGAUCUGGUUCUGAAAGAAUUUGUGCAGCAAAAGUCGAGUCAGUUUGCUUAUAUCUAAGCAAGGAUUUCAAGACAGUGGAUGCACAUGGAGAUUUAUUCAUCUGUGCAUAUUGGAGGCGAAUGCAGAACUCAGAAUUUUGGCUCGCUUGCAUGUAUUCCAAAUAACGACGUUGAACCCACAGACUGUUGUCCAAUUGCUCAGGAAUUUUUCUGUACCAUCUGAUAACUGUUUUGGCCCCAUUAACAUUCCUCUUGCUAUUGAGAGUGUGCAUCCAAAGUUUGUUUAGAUGGCAGUAGCGUGACAAUGAGCCUGAAAAGCUGUGUAAAAACGUCGUCACCAUUUCCGAUGACACUCAGUAAUCAGAAAAUAGAAGUUAGAGAGAACAGUGCCACUCCUGACAGCUUAA